CGUCCGAGCGCCCGAUUGAACCAGAUGGUCUCAAACCUCAGCCCCACACCCCUCCCGACCACCCCGGCGCAGACCCGUGCCCUAAACGCAGUCUCCCUUUCUCCCCAGCGACUGUUUUGGCGUAUCCUCGGCGCACGGCGGUUGACUUCCUCUCCAUCGGCGAACGGCGGCAAGCUCUUGUCGUUGCGGCGUUUUCCUCGGCGAACGGUGGCGGCUUCUUCCUCUCCUGGUAUCUCUCUGUCUUUCUCCUCCUCCUCUUCCUCCUUCGUGGUCGCACACUGCCUUCUUCUCAUGGCAAGAAGUGGAGACCGAGGAGCAAAGGAAGGCGAAGAAGAAGAGGAACAUCACCGAAACCCCUUCCUUUCUAAUAGCAUCAACAAGCCUUGGACUUCCAAAACUCAGUUCAGGAGUGAAGUAUCCAAGGCUUGUUGGGAUGAGGAGAUGGGGAUGGGAGAGAUCAUUGAAAAGAAGGGAAGCAUGUGGGCCACUACCGGAGUCAUUCGGAACGGCAAGCUAUAUUGUCACAUUGAAGAAAUCCUGUUUUUGGCUGAAAGAGGGGCAUUGAUUCUCACAAGUCCUGAUGGUAAGACAAUUAAUGUUGGAGAUGUAUACAAGAUGAUUCUAGGAUCAAAGUUUGGGUGUUCCUGGGAGUCCUUCGAGGCGUACAGGCACUUAAAAUCACUUGGCUACAUAGUUCAGCGAUAUGGCAUACCUUGGACAUUGAAGAAUGAUAUUAUCUUCUGUAGCUCCAAUUCACCAUCAGAAAAUAAUACAAGAUGUUUUGAAAUUUCAAACUUAUUACAAGAUAUGCAGAUCAGUGAGUUGAAGCCGACAUUUAAAGUAUAUCUGCCUAAUAGCAAGUUUCGAAAAUCUUCUCCCGGUGAUCCAAGUUUCCUGCUCUGUUUGUUAAGUGGGAAUCCACCUUCAAGAUCCGAAGUAGAAAAUCUUGAGAAAAAAUGUGAUGGUCUACCCUUGAAGUUCUGUUACGUAGACCAUGGACGGGUCAGUUUCUUUUCGUUUGAUAAAGAACGACUCCCAACCUUGCCGUGAUAUUGGUUGACAAGGAAAACUAUUCUGCUCGUAAGCUGGAUGCAUGUGUACUGAUGAUGAUACGUAGUCUUAUGGGAGGAAUCGAUUUGUGCGGGAGAUCAGGCAUGAUGACGGAAGCCUUGUGUUUGCCUAUUGUAAGGAUCAUACGUUUGAUUAAAAAUUCUUAUGCAUGCAUAGUUUACGGGGUGAAGGAACAAGCGACGACGACGAUGGCUAAUGUCACUGCUGAAUGGAAAUGUUAUGUAACUCUACAUUUAUCAUCAUCGUCGUCUUUUUGGAACGAGAAUUUAAGAGAGUUUUAUCUCUCUAGGAUGCAGGUCAUGAUUUUUCUUUUUUUUUUUGUUGGAUAUAUGGCUUAUUUCCUUGGAUAUGCUUAUUGAGUUAGAUAAAAUACUGUUUCAUAUGAAAUGUAAUCCAAUGUAUUGACGAGUUUAUUGAUCUUUUGCUUUUGAUA